CUAUUAUUGUACAAGUUAAAACACAGUAAAAAUGAUGAAGCCUCAGCUUCAGCAUGCCACAUCCAAAACCCUAAUUAUUCCAUGGUACAAGCCCUUCGUCUACGGCGGCGAGUCCACGGUGGCCUUCCGGCCGGCGGUGAUGAAGCCCAACUCCGGCGGCAAACGCCUGAGAAAAGGCACCGGAAAGUCGUCCAUGCUGCGGUACAGACCAUGCAACAUCAAAGCUGUAGCCACAACUUCUAGUACUGAGAAAUCCACGAGCGUUAAAGCCGUGGUGACGGUGCAAAGCACGGUGGGAGGGUUUCUCUCAAACUUAAACCUCACCAGAGCGCUUGAUGAUAUUAAUGACUUGCUAGGGAAAACUCUCCUUUUGGAUAUUGUGGCUGCUGAGCUGGACCACAAGACCGGGGAAGAGAAGAAAACUAUCCAGGGCUAUGCACAUCGGCAGGACGAAAAGGAUGGCGAAGUGAACUACGAGUGCGAUCUCGUAAUUCCUGAAAACUUCGGGGAGGUCGGAGCAAUUAUGAUAGAGAAUGAGCACCACACAGAAAUGUUUGUCAAGAAGAUCGUCAUUGACGGAUUUCCUAACGGCACUGUUAACAUCGCCUGUGAUUCCUGGGUGCAUUCCAAGUUCGACAAUCCUGAUAAAAGAAUCUUUUUCACUAAUAAGUCAUAUUUACCGUCUCAAACUCCGAGCGGAUUGAAGAAGUUAAGGGAGAAAGAGCUCCUGACCGUCAGGGGUGACGGCACCGGUGAACGUAAGAAAUUCGAAAGGAUAUAUGAUUACGACGUUUAUAACGAUAUUGGUGACCCUGACGGUAGCGAUGACGGUAUCCGUCCGGUUCUUGGCGGCAAAGAGCAUCCUUAUCCCCGACGUUGCAGAACCGGUCGCCCUCGCAGCGAAAAAGAUCCAUUAUCUGAAUCAAGAAGUUCAUCCAUUUACGUUCCAAGAGACGAAGCAUUUUCAGAAGUGAAGAAUGCAACAUUCUCCGGAAACACACUUUAUUCGGUGCUUCAUGCCGUGGUGCCAGGGCUUAAGUCGAUCCUGGUUGAUGCCGAUCGGGGAUUUCCACACUUUCCGGCCAUCGACGAUCUGUUCAACGUCGGAGUCGACAUUCCCACCGAGCAAAAAGGAAUUCUAAGUUUCGCCUUACCUAGGUUAAUCAAAUCCAUUACUGACGUCGGAAAAGAUGCCAUCCUAUUCGAAACCCCUGAAAUGAUCGACAGGGACAAAUUUUCCUGGCUUAAGGAUGAGGAAUUCGCUCGUCAAACCCUAGCUGGACUUAAUCCCUACAGCAUAAGAUUAAUAAAGGAAUGGCCAUUGAAGAGCAAGCUGGAUCCUGCAAUCUACGGCCCUCCGGAAUCAGUAAUCACAAAAGAGCUGAUUGAGACAAAAAUUGGAGGUAUCAUGACUGUUGAAGAGGCUGUAAAGCAGAAGAAGCUUUACAUUUUAGAUUACCAUGAUUUGCUACUGCCACUGGUUAAUACGGUGAACGAACUUGAGGGGACAGUGCUGUAUGCAUCCAGGACAGUGUUUUUCUUGACACCCAGUGGUUGUUUGAUGCCCGUAGCCAUUGAGCUAACUCGACCGCCUGUAGAUGGAAAGCCGCAAUGGAAGCAAGAGUUUUGCCAUACCUGGGAUUCCACUGGUUCCUGGCUAUGGAAGCUUGCUAAAGCCCAUGUUCUUGCUCAUGACUCCGGCUAUCACCAACUAGUCAGUCAUUGGUUGAGAACUCACUGUGCUACAGAGCCAUAUAUAAUUGCAAGUAAUCGGCAGCUUAGUGCGGUGCACCCCAUUUUCAGACUAUUACAACCUCAUUUCCGGUACACCAUGGAGAUUAAUGCCUUGGCACGUCUAGCUCUUAUCAAUGCAAAUGGGAUUAUUGAGACUUCUUUCUCCCCUGGCAAGUAUUCAAUGCUGUUGUGCUCUAUUGCCUAUGAUCUUGAGUGGCAGUUUGACCUUCAAGCAUUGCCAGCAGAUCUCAUUAGCAGGGGAUUGGCAGAGAAGGAUCCCACAGCUCCCCAUGGCCUGAAACUAACCAUUGAAGACUACCCUUUUGCGAAUGAUGGAUUAGACCUUUGGGACAUCAUUAAAGAAUGGGUGACGGAUUAUGUGAGCCACUACUAUCCAGAAGCCAGUCUCAUAGGAUCUGAUACAGAACUCCAAGCUUGGUGGACAGAAAUCAGAACAGUUGGCCACGGGGACAAGAAGGAUUCGCCAGGCUGGCCAGAUCUGAAAACCCCAGAUGACCUGAUUCGAAUCCUGACAACCAUAGUGUGGGUGUGUUCAGGGCACCAUGCAGCUGUGAACUUUGGUCAGUACCUCUAUGCAGGGUUCUUCCCAAACAGGCCAACGAUCGCCAGAACCAAAAUGCUCACAGAUGAUGUGACAGAAGAGGAAUGGGAACAUUUCUUGGAGAAGCCUGAGGAUGCACUCUUGAGAUGCUUCCCUUCACAGAUUCAGGCGACAACAGUCAUGGCGAUUUUGGAUGUCUUAUCAAACCACUCUCCAGACGAGGAGUAUAUAGGGGCGGCACCAGAACCCUACUGGGUUGAAGAGCCUAUUAUCAAUGCUGCAUUUGAGCGGUUUAGUGGGAGAUUGAAGGAACUUGAAGGAAUUAUCGAUGCCCGCAAUGCUGACAGGAAUCUGAGGAAUAGAAGUGGAGCUGGAAUCUUACCUUAUGAGCUUAUUAAGCCAUAUUCAGGACCUGGUGUAACUGGUAAAGGUGUACCAAAUAGCAUCUCCAUUUGAGCAAGAAAUGUAGGAUAGUAGAACUGAAGAAUAAAGAAUCUAAGAAGGCUCAGUUCCUUUGUUGUCUGCCAAUGUAAUUUGAGUGUCUGCUUCUCUGAAACUGCUAAUAAAAAGCCUUUCAAGAUUUACCCAGAAA